GUCUCUUGCUACUUACAUACAUGUCGCAACCAAUCCCGCUUCCUCGCAUUCGGUCACCCAUAUCCAAUCGGUUUCUUACUGAAGACCCUCCUUCGUCGCCUCGGAACAUCGAUGAUGUUUUUCCCAACUCCACCUCGUUUGAUGAGCCUCCUGAUCCAAUCAAAUCACCUCACAAGCGCGCUGCCUUCGACCUGCUCGAGAGGCCCACUUCGUCUUCCUCCGCGUUCCUGGUCCACUUCGCUUCGACAUCUUUAAUUGUCUUUUCUGCGAUAGUCACGAUAUUAGAAACAGUCCCAAGUUUCCACACAAUCUCCCCUCGUGUGUGGUUUGGACUGGAAACGAGUCUCGUCGCAUUAUUCACCGUGGAAUACAGUGCCCGUCUCUUUGCUUGGAGUUCUUCGUGGAUAACUCUCGUCAAAUGGAUGUUUUCGUUUUACGGCGUGAUCGAUGCUUUGGGAAUACUACCUUAUUAUAUAGAAGUAAUGCUGCACCAAGAUACCACUGUUAUGUUCCGUUUCUCCAUUCUUAGGAUGUUUCGGCUGCUACGGGUUUUCAGACCCUUCAGAUACAGCAGCACCAUACUCUUAACCAUUGAAGUCAUGUAUUUGGCCGUCAGGAGAUCGCACCAUGCAUUACUUGCUCUGAGUUUCUUCAUAGCUAUGGUACUCACUGUGUUCAGUACUCUACUAUACUUUGCUGAGCGAGGCACCUGGGAUGACACCCUAGAGACAUUCAUCAAUCCCGACGGAGAUCCAUCUCAAUUCCCUUCCAUCCCAGCUGCAGCUUGGUUCGUCCUCGUUACCAUCACCACCGUUGGAUAUGGAGAGAUCACCCCACGCUCUUUUUUGGGUCGAUUGAUCACGGUGCCGUUGCUCGUGUUCGGGCUUCUGCUUAUCGCCUUGCCAUCUUUCGUGUUGGGGAGGGAGUUUAGCAUUGUGUGGGAGUCAAUGACGAAGCACGAAAGUGACCCACAGGUCUCGGCUUCCGUCCUUACACCUUUCAUGUCACAUCGCCUCGACUCUCAACUGGAGCCGCGAGAUCUCUCGAACAGAAAAUUGGCCCAGAAUCAGACGGAGCUGAGCCGACAGAUUUCCGAGUUGCGCAUGACGGUGGAGCUGCAGAGCCAAAUGAUGAAACAGUUACUGACCAUAUUAGAAGGACAAGACGAGGGUAAACGAAGAGAGAGUGUCAGCACGACAAGGAAUUCCAUCAGCUAAACAAAAACCAUCAUUUCGAUUAGAUUUUUUUUUAGGUUCAUCGGGUGCGGAUACAUAGGUCUCUCUACACAUCCCUAUCUCGUGGCUCUGUUACAUGAUUAUGUAAUAAUUGAGUGCCCUGCCGUGGCGGACUGUCGAG